UUUUCCUCCUCCUCUCCAGUCACGGCCUUCAUCGGUUCUUCUCCUGUCGAGGGAUAGCGCUGGCUGUGGAGACAUUUUGGAGGCGGGGCCACAGGGAGAUCACAGUGUUUGUCCCCCAGUGGCGUCAGAAGAGGGACCGACUCACAACAGAGCAACACUUUCUAAACCAGCUAGAAGACCUGCGACUGCUCUCCUUCACUCCCUCCAGAGAGGUGUGUGGCCAGAGGAUAUCCUCACAUGACGACAGGUUCCUGCUCCACCUAGCAGAAAAAACAGACGGGAUCAUCGUAACCAAUGACAACCUGAGGGACUUUGUCGACACCUCGGACACCUGGCGCAAGAUCAUUCAAGAGAGGUUGCUUCAGUUUACUUUUGUGGAGGACCACUUCAUGAUCCCUGAUGACCCUCUGGGGAGAAACGGACCGCAUCUAGACUUCUUCCUGCGUAAAGACAACAGGAGGGCCCCGCCCACUCCUCCCCCUAUGAGACCCCCAUGCUUCCGGCCGUCGUCCCAGCAGCAGCUGCCGCUCUACGUCCAGGCCCUCCACUCGGCUCCUCGGACCCCCGCCUCCACGCCGCUACCCCCUUCCUCUCUGACGCCCCACCAGACGCACUGGCCCCACUCCGGCCCACCCGAGUGGCUCCCGCCCCCGCCCCGCCGUUCCCCGUCGCCCUCCCCGCCUCCCCAGCGGUCGCCAGUGGAGACAUCGGUGCUGAAGAGACAGCUUUACGACAUCUUCCCUGACCAUAAGCAACGCAUCGACCGCAUACUCAGCGACAACCCGUACAUGAGAGACUUAAACGCCCUGUCGGGGCUGCUGCUGGGAUAAAAAGACACACACUGAACAUAUGAACACAUGUACAAGAAUAUACGUGUCGGCAUAAAACAAUUAUUUAUUUUACCAAUUAUCCCAGCUUGGAGUGCACAGAAAAGUUGUAUUUAAUAACGUUUUUUUAAGACUGAUCAUCAAACUAGCUGCUAUCGGCAAAACAGAUAUUUUUUGAAUAUUUUUCUCUCCCACCUCUUCGCUCUCAAAUUGAUCACUGACACAAUCACUGGUGUCUACAGAACCAAUUAAAAAAGUGUCAAGCAGCAAAGUCUAUAUUGUUCCGAUGGUAAUAAUUCAUUGCAGAUCCUUGACAACAGUCCUGAGGUUCCCUAAAGUUUGGGAACAUCAGCAGGAAAAAACCACUUUGGACCAACAACUCAGUACACGAUGGGUUUCCUCUCCAGAACCCUGUUUACCACCAGACUCUCAACACCUUUCUAAAUAUACCAGCCCUGAGCAUUUUAUUAUACAAUUUGGGACAGGUUUGCAUGUGUUUUAUAUUUUCAACAUAUUAGUUAUAGACUUGUUAUUUUCUUUAACAGUGAACUCACUAUUAGGCAGUACCAGGGUAUUAAAAUCUGUCAGGGAGCCGUUUCAGCUGUUUAGAUGGAUUUUCCACCAUUUCCUUUUGCAGUGCACUUUCAGGAAGCUCUAUGAGAUCAUAACAUAACUGUAAGUGACAGUUAAUGUCCGACAUAAAUCCCCAAAAGGAUAGUAGACACAACGUUUUUUGCCGCUAACCAUAUACAAAAAAAACACCUUUUUAGGCAUGUAUUUUGAUUGUAUAACGAUGGGCAGUGAUGAAAAUGUGAGGUUCUCAUCUCAGAUCUAAAUCUAGACAGACUUUAAUACUCAAAAAAUUAUUCCUAAAAUGUCAAAACAACUGAAGAUUAAAUAGUGUAUAAAGAAUCAUUAUUUUCAGGUCAGCAAUUUAGUGUUUUGUGAUUGUUCUAAUUUAUUAUUAUUUACUUUAGAACCUCAAUGUUGGACAGAAAUUGGCUCAAUAAUCCAAAGAAAAUAUGACAUAACCACCAUCUCCAUGUUCUUGGUGUUGAUUUGCAAACCUGCUGUUUAUAAGAGACCUCCGGGGCUGAAACUGAAUUUGCUGCUCUGAUAAACUGUGAUGGAGCUGGGCAGUUGAACUUUUGUUAAACAUGUUUGAAGCAUUACUUGUUCAAGUUUGAGACUGUUAACAGUUCUCAGGAAGAUUCUGUCACUGUUCUACAUCUGUAUUUUGUUCCAAGAUGCUUACUGAUUCCUCCGCCUCAGACUUUAGGAAAUACAUGUCAGUCCAUUACACUACAACAGCUUAGAUCAUCCUAUGUUAAUUCAGUUAAAUGACCAACUUUAAUUAGACAUCAUACACCAUGAGUUUGCUUAGCAGAAGAAAAUCUCCAAA